UAGAGAGUGUCGCGUGAGUUUAGGUUCAAACUCUUUGUACCAAUUACCGUUUUCUUUUUCUUGUUUUCUGUUUAUUUUACGUGCUCGUGCUCAUACACUUUUGGAUUACCGGACGGGAAACUGUCGCAAAGUUCGGAGACAUGCUGGUCAUUCGGAACGUACGCAGUCCGUAAAGUCGAGAUACACGAAUAUUCAAUAGGAUAUCAGGAGUGUAAAGAAAUGUUAUUUAAAUAUAUGUAUAUAUGUGUAUUUGUUGAUUGUUGUUAGAGUGAUAACUUAUCACUGAGAUAAGUCACGAUGGCUUUAUCGAUUUGGUUAGUGGUGUCGAUCACCGUUCUGGGAACGGCUCGAGCGCUAGAGGGGCCGAAUAUAUGCACCAGACAAGAAGCGUAUACGAUAACAGUGACGGUAUCGGAGCAGAAACCUUACACGAUACGGGAGAAUACCUGGUGCUUCAGCUUUCCGCCAAGAUGCUCCAAGUACAAAGUCGUGUACAAGACGAUGUACAGGACAGAGGAAAUAAAGAAGACCAGACCCGUGGAAGAGUGUUGCUCGGGCUACACACAGACCACGUCCGGCGAUCGCUGCAUACCUAUCUGUUCCAAGGACUGCGUUUAUGGCACUUGCAUGGCACCAGACUUUUGCAAGUGUGAGUCAGGGUAUGGAGGCCCGUUAUGCGAUUUCAAGUGCCCGCCUGGGAAAUGGGGCAAAUCUUGCGAGAGCGAUUGCAUGUGCCAGAAUGGGGCUACCUGCGAUCCCUUCGAUGGCAAGUGUAUGUGCACCAGAGGUUGGGCUGGUCGCUAUUGCGAUGAAAAAUGUCCUUCGAACCGAUACGGACAGGACUGUGGCGAAGAAUGUCGUUGUAGAAACGGUGGAAGUUGCCAUCACAUCUCUGGCGAGUGCCAUUGCGCUCCUGGCUAUACGGGACCCCUCUGUGACGAUUUAUGCCCGCCUGGGAAACACGGCGAUGAGUGCAAAUCAGAGUGCAGAUGUCAAAAUGGCGGUUCUUGUAGCCCCACCACCGGCGAAUGCUACUGUACCCCCGGAUGGAUUGGCUCGGUCUGUGCGAAUCGUUGCCCCGAAGGUUUCUGGGGCAAAAAUUGCUCUCAAACCUGUGAUUGCUACAACGAAGCGGGCUGUAAUCACAUCGCAGGGGAAUGUGAAUGCAAACCUGGCUACUACGGCGACAAGUGCUUGCACAUAUGCCCCAAGGGAAAGUUCGGUUUGAACUGUACCGAUAAUUGUACCUGUGAAAAUGACGCAGCGUGUUCUCCGGUUAAUGGCAGUUGUGCGUGCAGUUCCGGUUGGAUGGGUGAAAAGUGCAAUAAACGUGUCUGCGAGGACAAAUAUUGGGGGCCCGGUUGCUCGAAGGUCUGCGACUGCGACAACGACAAUACAGAACUCUGUCAUCCUUGGACGGGGAAGUGCAUUUGUAAAACUGGCUGGGACGGUGACUCUUGUGCCAGGCCAUGUCCGUUUUACACGUACGGCAAAGGCUGUCAGCAUCGUUGUAACUGCAAGAACAACGCGCAAUGUUCGCCAGUAAACGGAACCUGUAUCUGCGCGGCGGGAUACAGAGGUGAGGAUUGUAGCGAAAUAUGUCCCGUCAACACAUACGGCGAGAACUGUGCGCAGAAAUGCGUCUGCAAGAACGGCGCCACUUGCUCGCCCGAGAACGGAUGGUGCAACUGUACGGCAGGAUGGGUUGGUGUUUCGUGUAAUCGUCCCUGCGACGACAAAUCAUACGGCAAGGACUGCGAGAACCAAUGCGAAUGCUUUAACAAUGCCGCCUGUAAUCCCCAAAAUGGCACAUGCACGUGUGCAGCUGGUUUCACCGGCCAAUUUUGCCAGGAUCGUUGCAAUAAUGGAACAUUCGGACAAGGAUGCACUCAGGUCUGUGAUUGCCACGAGGAGAACAGUUUGGAGUGCGAUUCUGCCACCGGUCGUUGCAUCUGUAAGCCAGAGUGGCGAGGGGUCCGCUGUGAGACAAAGUGCCCAGAAGGCCUUUAUGGCGACGACUGCCAUUCACAGUGCAAUUGCAUGAACAAUAGUUCGUGCGAUCCGCAAACGGGCACAUGUAUUUGUGCCAGAGGCUGGGACGGAGUUGACUGUUCUCAACCUUGCAAAGAAGGCUGGUACGGUGUGCAUUGUAAAGAAAGAUGUCCAGAGAAAAUGCAGGGUAACAUGACCUGCGAUCAUGUCACUGGUGAAUACGUAUGCCGGCCAGGAUACUUGGGUCUAACUUGCGAACAUCCUUGUCCGCCUACUCGUUAUGGACUGAAUUGUGCCCAUCAUUGUCGGUGCAAGAAUGGUGGAGAAUGUCAUCAUGUGACAGGUGUGUGCCAGUGUCGACCAGGUUGGCAAGGUGACCACUGUCAAACACCCUGUGCAGAGGGGAUGUAUGGCAUAAAUUGCACUCAACACUGUACAUGCCAACAUGGGGGUAAAUGCAGGUCUAACGAUGGUCAUUGUCGUUGUGCACCCGGUUGGACCGGCACCAAAUGUACAGACACCUGUCCAGAAGGAUAUUAUGGGGAUCACUGUAUGGAACCAUGCGAUUGCAAGAGCGACUUCUUCACCUGCCACGCUGCCGAGGGUUGCAUUUGCAGACAAGGAUACGGAGGUCCAAAUUGCGACGAAGAAUUAUUUGCGCAUAACAUUCAACAAAAAGAUGAAGGCGGAUACGGAAGCAUGGUUGCAGGAUUUUUAUUCGCUGCUGUCGUUGUCGCUGCUAUGACUUUGGCGGGUUGGAUAUAUCACCGACGCAGAGUAGCAGAUCUGAAAAAUGAAAUUGCACAAGUGCAAUAUAUCGCCGAGCCUCCAUCCCCGCCGGAACAAACGCAGUUCGACAAUCCCGUGUAUGCGUAUCAGGGUUCCUCCAAGUUCGACGACGGAACCACUACUUUAUUAAACAACUUCCAGUUCAGAAAUAACCUUGGAACAAGUAAGAAAAUAAAUAACGAGAAGGCCAUACUUGGGUUAAGCAAUUGCAUGGACGAUGAUGACGAUUGUAAAGGGUCGUAUAGUCGAUACGAUAUCAAGAAUAGAGACGCAGACAUGGGGAACCCGAAUCUUAACGUGUACCACAGUAUUGAUGAAAUGGACGGGAAGAAGGUUGAACACGUUUACGAUGAGAUAAAGCAGAACAACGACGAAUCGGAGUAUGAUCAGUUGGACAACCCAAGGCCAGUCAGUAGUUAUAAUCAGUAUAAUCGAAUGCCCAAUGGUUUCUGUUCGAACUCUUCCGAUAGUGCAGGACCCAGCAAGGUCAAGGAUAAGGAUAUAGAGCGUGGCGAAACUUAAAAUUUUCCAGGUUAAAUUAAACAAUAAUUUCCCCCUUUCAAAUACGUGUGUUUCCAAUGUGAGUUUAAAAAGAAGGAUAUUAAAAGCAUAACGCUUCUGGUACUUAGCGUAUCGAUGCUUUACAUUUCUCGUUUCAAAGACAGUUUUCAUGUAUCGUUAACCGUGAGCUCCGAGAAAAUGUGUUGAAAAUUGAAAUAUUCCCGUUUAGAAGGAUAGAAAUGUAUUUUAGUUGCUCAGUGUAUCAAACAUGUACAUAGUUUGGGCGAUACGACGCGAAUGGUUAAAUGAAUAUUUUAUUUAUAAAAUCAUAUACUCAUAGUAAUCGUUCACUUUUAGCGGUUUUUUCUCUGUCUGUCGCGUAACGCGACGUUCAGCGACGACGGAUGCAAUAUUAUUAAAUCGUUGAUGUAAAGUAAGGCGGUGUAAUCGGCCUUUUAACAACUUACUCGGAAGAGGAUUGAAUGUUUAUUCGUUACCAUAAUUAUAUAUAGUUGAGAGCGAAGCUUAAGAGAUUGUUAGGUACAAUGAUGUGAUAGAAUUGUGCAAGAAAAGUUUGUGAUGUUUAUAGAAACGAUACAAAAAAAUUAUUACUUAAAAUGGCAGGUUUUAAACUUUAGGGUAGCAAUUUCCAAACUUUUUGAGAAAAUAUACUUCGAGAGUUGUUGAAUAUUGAUAGGAAGAAAUAUUUAACUGAUACAAAUCUUCCUAUAUUAUAAAUUUUAAAAACGUUCCCCUUUGGAGUCGCGUUCUCCACUUUGGGAGACACUGUGUCGCAGUGAAAAUGUGAUCGCAAAUAUUUGCAUACGAGAAUGCCUUACAAAUUUGGAAGUGAUACGUACGACAAAAUUCUAUAUAAUAAUCAUUUCAUAAUCAGUAGGUGUAGCGAUCGAGUUUCGAAUACUCAUUGAUAAAUCUAUAAGCGAGUCCUUUAAUGCAUCUCAACUAGUAAGUCUCUUAAUACGUGUCUCUUGUAAGUGAAUUGGUAAACGUACAAAAUCGCCAUGUAAGUCUGUUUAAGCUUAAUAAGAGACCGAUCUAACGAUCUCAUACAAGCGUACGAUUCGAGCAAUAUCUUACCAUUGAUGUUUCAUAUCUCUUUUUCGCAUUUUAUUCGGUCUACAUUUCAAUAAUUAAGGUAAUACCAUAUCAAUAUGCAUUAGAAAGCACGUGUCUUAUUUGUGUACGUAUACACAGAUAAAAGCAAUCGAUGGAAAUCAUUAGAGAUAUUUCUAUAAAUCAUAUUUAUUCCUUUUUAUAUUAGACAAUAUUCGAAGCCUAUUUUUUAAUUUCUAAGAAAUGUCUAU